CUCCCCGCUCCAUUCCCGGACCUCCUGCUCCUUUCCCGGACUCCCCUCUCUAGACUGGGAAUCUUGUCUCACCCUUCUCCAUACCGGAGCUCUUCCCUGCAUCCCACAUCCCCCGCUCCAUCCCGGAUAGUCCUCCCCAUCCUUGGAUCCCUUUCUCCAUCCCGGGGAUCCUCCCUGGAUCCCGGAUCACUCUCUCCAUACCCGGACCCCAUUCUUCACCCCCGGAUCCCGCCUCCAUCCCGGACCCCCUUCUCCAUCCCCGGCUCCUCCCGCUCCACCCCGGACCUCUUCCACCAUCUCGGAGCUCCCCACCUCCAUCCUCGCUCCCCCUUCUCCAUCCCCUGCCCAUCCCGGGGCUCUCCUCUCCCUGUCGGGGCUCCCCCCCGUCCCCCAGCAUGGCUUUGGCAGCGGGGCCGUGGCCGGAGCCUCCUCUUCCUCCCGCUCCUCCUCCUGCCCCCGGCGGCGGCGCGGGGCGGGCGGCGGGGCCGUGCCGGGUGUGCGGGGACCGGGCGAGCGGGAAGCACUACGGGCAGGUGACCUGCGAGGGCUGCAAGAGCUUCUUCAAGCGCUCGGUGCGGCGCAACCUCGCCUACAGCUGCCGGGGGGGCCGGGACUGCCCCGUGGAGCAGCCCCACCGCAACCAGUGCCAGUACUGCCGGCUCCGCAAGUGCCUCCGCGUGGGGAUGCGGCGGGAAGCGGUGCAGCGGGGCCGCGUGGCUCAAGGUCCCCCCAGCCCCGGGCAGUGCCCUGCGCUCCCCGGGGACCCCUACGGUGGCCGCGGCUGCUUGAGCGGCUUCAUCUCGGUGCUGCUCCGAGCCGAACCGUACCCGCCGGCUCGCUACGGCGCCCAAGCCCUGCACCCCGGCGUCCUGGUGGGCAUCGAGAGCAUCUGCGAGCUGGCGGCGCGGCUCCUGUUCAGCGCCGUGGAGUGGGCCAAGGGCAUCGUCCCCUUCUUCCCGGAGCUGCCGCUCUCGGACCAAGUGGCGCUGCUGCGGCUGGGCUGGAGCGAGCUCUUCGUGCUGAACGCGGCGCAGGCGGCGCUGCCCGUGCACGCCGCGCCGGUGCUGGCGGCCGCCGGGCUCCACGGCGCUCCCGUGGGCGCUGACCGCGUGGUGGCCUUCAUGGACCACGUCCGGCUCUUCCAGGAGCAGGUGGAGAAGCUGAGGGUGCUGCAGGCGGAUGCCGCCGAGUUCGCCUGCCUCAAGGCUGUGGCCCUCUUCAGCCCCGACGCGGCGGGGCUGUCGCAGCCGGGGCGCGUGGCCGGGCUGCAGGAGCAGGCGCAGGUCGCGCUGCAGGAGCACGUGCGGCGGCAGCACCCGGCCCAGCCCGGCCGCUUCGGGCGCCUGCUCCUGCGCCUGCCCGCGCUGCGCAGCGUCCCCGCGCCCGGCAUCCAGCGGCUCUUCUUCAGCCGCCUGGUUGGGGAGACCCCCAUCGAGACCCUCAUCCGCGACAUGCUGCUGGCCGGGGCCAGCCUCAGCUGGCCCCAUGGAGCCAUGCAGUGAUCCCAGCCCUGCCGUGGGAUGGGGAGCCCAAAGAUGGGGACAGCGAGGAUGGGACCUCAAGGAUGGGAUCCUAAAGAUGGAGGCAUCAAAGGUGGGGACAGCAAGGAUGGGACCUCAGGGAUGGGAGCCCAAAGAUGGGGGCAUCAAAGAUGGGGA